CAUUUCAUUAGUUGUGACAUUUCUUAUCGUUGUUGUCAAAUUUAUACGUUUGUUUUUAUUUCAAAAUUCUUAGAAGCAGAAAAAAUAGUAGAAGUCACUUUUAUGUGCAUUUUGGAUAUUUCUGCUUAUCAUAUAGCAAUUAUCAAUUAGAAUUUUAAAUUAGUGGCUUUGUUAAGGUUUAAGGUUGAAUAACAUUGGUGUGAAUAAAGCAGCGUACAUAAAUAUCAAAAAAGCUAUUGGAAAAUGUUAUCUACAUUUUACCGAAAAAAUAAUUUUUCCACUUCAAAAUAAUCGACAAAUAUAAAAAAUGUCAAUAUAUUGCUGGGGUAACACAGAGCAUGGCGAACUCGGUCUGGGCGGUAUUGUAGAAGAAGAGAUAUUGGAAGCGCGUGAAAUACCCUGGCAUCCAGAAAGUUCUGUAGUGAGCAUAGGAUGCGGACUCAAACAUACUCUGUUUUUAACAGAAGACGGAAAAGUUUAUUCAAGUGGAAGUAAUGAUUAUGGUCAAUUGGGUCACCAACAGAUGACGAAGCGGCCACAACUCAUAAGUGACCUUGGAAAUACUGUCAUUACGGAUUUAAGUUGUGGCGCUAGACAUUCUUUGGCACUCAGCGAAUGGGGUCAGCUUUAUAGCUGGGGACAUAAUGACUAUGGACAAUUGGCGCUGCCAGAUUCGUCCGAUGUUAUACGUUCGCCAAAAAUUGUGAAAAAACUUGCUGCUCAAACCAUUAUUCAAAUCUCCAGUGGUUAUAAUCACAGCCUUGCGUUAACCAAUUGUGGUGCUUUAUACGCUUGGGGUUCAAAUAUUUAUGGUCAGUUAGGUAUAUCACCGCCAAAUGAAUUGGCCCAUUCCACUUCUCCUCGCCUGGUGGAUUCAUUGCUUGGUAUACCUAUAGCUUUUAUAGCAUGUGGUGGCAAUCAUUCAUUUAUAAUUUCGAAAUCUGGUGCUGUGUUUGGUUGGGGAUGCAAUAAUUGUGGGCAAUUGGGACUCAACGACUGUACACAUCGACAUUUUCCAACCCAGUUAAGAACGCUUCGUAGUCUGUGCGUGCGUUAUAUAACAUGUGGCGAACAAUAUUCCGUAUUUUUGACCAACGACGGUGGUGUAUUCACAUGUGGCAAAGGGUCACAUGGUCAACUUGGACAUGGUGGUAACUUGAACGAAGUACUGCCUCGAAAAGUAUCAGAGUUAAUGGGAAGUACUAUUACACAAAUCUCGUGUGGUGCGCAACAUACUCUAGCUUUAGUGCCUUCUCGAGGGCGGGUGUAUGGUUUUGGUUUGGGUUGUAUAGGAAAUUUUGGCACACGAAAAGUGAAUAGCUGUUCUGUACCGCAUGUUAUAGUUGGACCAUGGGUAUGCCCCAAUAGCUCUAAACUAGUAGAUACUGAUACCAAAGAAAAUAUAGACAACUCCCCCUUAGUACGGCAAAUCUUUUGUGGUGGCAAUCACUCAUUCGUCUUAACAACAAAAGUCGGUGAUAAAAUUCCUGCCGCAGAUUAUCGGAUUAGCGAGCCACGGACUCAAAUUAUGUGCUUGACUAGAGAGUUGGCAGAACAGUGUGCUAUAGUCGAGAAGGAUGCGUCAAUUGAUAUGGACUUAUUAACAACCAUUGAAGUGAUAUUUAAAAGUCAAGCUUGCCUCAACGGAUCAUUUUUGGUAGAAAAUAAGCAUUUCUGUUGUACCUCAAAACAGCCCGGCGUAGAUUUGUUGCAAGUUAAGCAAACUUUUGAUUUCAUACGCAAAGUGGAACAUGAAAGCAUUAAGCAAAUCAUUUGGGACAAAAUAUGCAAUGAAAUAAUUGCAUCACUUAUGCCAUCGCCAGCAGACGUUGAAACUUUGAGACUUUAUCUGAUUUUGCCGAUAUAUCAUGAAUUUGUCAAUUCUAAAAACUAUGAAACCCUACAUACACCCUUCAGCAAUGCUGUGCUAAGACUUAAAGAAAUACCUAGAAAAAUUGUUGUAAUGUGGUGGGCGCAGACGCCGAUAGAUUGGUUCGAAAACCUGGUAUCGAACUAUAAAAACGUGGUAGCUCAUAUAAUCAGUUUUAAAAUUGCUGCAAACUCUGGCGGAAACUUUGAAAAGAAGUUGGUUAGUUAUAAUUCCAAUUUGUCAGCGGCUCUAAACCUAUUAGUCGUGCUACAUAAAAUUAAUCACAAACAGCGUUUAGAGAAAAUCGAGUAUGACAUUUUCCACUGGCCAGAGCUGACAGAUUACGUUGACAUCCAACAAGACUAUAUACAUUGGCUCUUCGAAAAAAAUCCUGAAGCCUUUAACAUCUGUAAUUAUCCGUUUUUAUUUAACGCAUCUGCUAAAACCACACUUUUACAAACAGAUCAAGCCAUACAAAUGCAUACCGCUAUGCAAAAUGCUGCCAAUUCGGGAAUCCUCUCGCUGCUUACAUUUGGAACACCUAUUUCGCAAUUUAUCGUGCUGAAUGUUUCACGUGAGAAUCUAGUGCAGGACACUUUACGGGAAAUUAUGCAGUAUAAUCAAAGCGACUUGAAAAAGCCACUUAAGAUCAAAUUCCACGGGGAGGAAGCCGAAGAUGCCGGUGGUGUGAGAAAAGAAUUUUUUAUGCUUUUAUUAAGGGACCUCUUGGAUCCGAAAUAUGGAAUGUUCAAAGAAUAUGAAGACUCACACGUACUUUGGUUUGCGGAUAUUACAUUUGAAACAGAUGAUAUGUACUUCUUGAUUGGAGUAAUUUGUGGCUUAGCAAUAUAUAAUUUUAUAAUUAUAAAUCUACCAUUCCCGUUGGCGUUAUAUAAAAAACUGCUGGACGAACCUGUCGAUUUAACUGACUUGCGUGACUUAUCGCCUACAUUGGCAAAUUCUAUGGAGUCCAUACUAAAAUACGACCAACUUGAUUUUGAAGAAGUAUUUAAUUUAAAUUUUGAAAUAUCUCGCGAUAUUUUCGGUGAGUCACAAACGGAGGAAUUGAAACCAAAUGGCAGCCAAACACCCGUCACUUUGGAUAAUAAAAAGGAGUUUGUCGAUUUGUAUGUUGAUUUUCUAUUUAACAAAGCAGUAGAAACUCAGUUUAAAGCUUUUCGCAAAGGAUUUAUGAAGGUAUGUUGGGGACGAGUGCUACAAAUAUUUAAACCAGAUGAAUUAAUGGCCGUGGUUGUGGGAAACGAAGAAUAUGACUGGCAAGCGCUCGAGCUACAUUGUGAAUACAAAAACGGUUACAACUCUGGAGAUCAAACAAUAAGGUGGUUUUGGGAAGUAUUCCACGAGUUGCCGGAGAGUGAAAAGAAAAAGUUUCUACUAUAUUUGACUGGAAGCGACCGAAUUCCCAUUCAAGGAAUGAAAGCGAUCAAAAUCUGCAUACAGCCAACAAAUGAUGAACGAUUUCUUCCUGUAGCCCAUACGUGCUUCAAUCUGUUAGAUUUGCCUCAGUACAAGACUAAAGAGCGUUUAAAAUACAAAUUGCUUCAGGCUAUUCAACAAACUCAGGGUUUUAGUUUAGUAUAACUAAAAACAAUAUUUUAAAAGAAAAGCCUACGUUAAGAAUAAUGAAUCAUAUUCGUGAAAGAAAAAUUUUCUACAAGUAACAAUA